CCCCUCCUCUGGAGUCCUCUCUUUCGUCUCGGUCUUGGUCUCCCACUUUUUUUCCGAAAAGAGAUCUGCUUUAUAUCCCUUCCUCCUGGGCCGCCGGAGCGAGCUAGGCACACUGACAGCCGCGCACGAAUCCAUUGCUCCACUCGGCCAGUGCCGUGCUUGUCUUACCCGCCCCUCUGGUUGAUGAGCUCGGCCAAGCAACGAAUGAAGCGGUUGGCCGCUCUCCCUUAGACGCCGUCACACGUCACGAUGAACGCUGUGAAGCCCGGGGAGGUCGAUGAUCAAUCGACGCAGCUUAGUAGACGAUGCUCAAUCGGCUCAAAGAUUGGUGGUAAGGAGAAGACAUUGGCCCACCUCUGUGUCAUCUGUUCAGUGCUGCUUCUACUUGCAUACAUCGGUUAUUUGCUGCUGAGCUAAGAAGAGCGUUAACGCUAUCAGGUGGGCAGACGAUAUGAAGAUGGGAGAUCCUUUCUCAUGUUUCUGCAAAUGUGAAUUCGUCAGGCGUUGGCAGCUUUCGCACAUGAGAGAUGUUUCUGUAGCCGCUGCCACCGGACAAGUGCGUCAGCCCCUCACAUCAGUCGACAAGGAGUCCUGUGAUUCCUAUGCGAUUGUGCAUCUAUGUAGGAUAGCAGCGACGGUAGAGUACGCGAGUGGCAGGUCACCCAGACCGUCCAAAAGCUGCUUGGGGUACUUGUGCCGGAAAUUUAAAUACUGGAUCAUAAUAUGACACACAGGUGCCGAUUUUUGGUCAUCUGAUCCGUCGCGCAAGGACCAGCACUUCAUGCAGCAAAGGGACCCCUCCACCGACAUCCUCCGCCCUAAUGGUCCCAUGGGCAUGGUCUUUACGUGCACGUGUGGUGCUUCUGUGUAUGUGUGUAGGAUCACACGAGGACACAAGGAAUCGGACGAGCCAUUCCUGGUGUACUCUGUGGAUGGCAAUAACGACUGGUGUCGGAAUUGAGCGAAUCGCCGCAACGAGAUAGGGGGCGAGAGGCUUGCUGAACCUGUCCUUAGGAUAAAUUCAUGCACAGACGGGUAGCGUGACGUGUGUGUCGUCUUGCAGUGAUACCCAGCCCUGUCAAAACACGCAUAAAAAACUCACUCGUGGCGUUGUCGUUUCGGCCGUGCAGCAAUGUCUUGAG